GUCGACCUUACUUCUCUUUCUUCCUCCUUGCGCUGCUCUCCGUUCCCUCCGCGUCUUGUCCGUUUUUGUGUCCUUAGCGAGUAGAGACAUGGCGGAGCUGGAGGGCCUGGAGUUUGGGAAGUCAGACUUUGUGCUCCUGGACGAGGUGACGAUGGAGCAGUUUAUGGAGAAUUUGAAGCUGAGGUUUGAGAAGGGUCGCAUCUACACCUACAUCGGAGAAGUGGUCGUCUCUGUUAACCCAUACAGACAAAUGGACAUUUAUGGCAAAGAUACCGUUGAUGCAUACCGGGGCCGGGAGCUGUACGAAAACCCUCCCCACCUGUACGCAGUGUCUGAUGCAGCCUACAAGGCCAUGAAGAGAAGGGCCAAGGACACCUGCAUCGUCAUAUCAGGUGAAAGUGGGGCAGGUAAAACAGAGGCCAGUAAAUACAUCAUGCAGUAUAUUGCAGCCAUCACAAACCCAAGCCAGAGGGCAGAGGUCGAGAGCGUGAAGAAUGUGCUGCUCAAGUCCAACUGUGUGCUGGAGGCCUUUGGGAACGCCAAGACAAAUCGCAACGACAACUCCAGCCGCUUCGGCAAGUACAUGGACAUCAACUUCAACUUCAACGGCGAUCCCACUGGAGGACACAUUAACAACUACCUGCUGGAGAAGUCCAGGGUGGUCCAGCAGCAUGAGGGGGAGAGGAACUUCCACUCAUUUUACCAGUUACUGCGUGGAGGCUCUAAUGAAAUCCUGGAGUCAUUUCACCUACAGAAUGAUCCUGCUGUUUAUGCGUAUACCCAAGAGGGAGCAGCAACAACCACCUCCAACAAUGAUCGCAUGAGCCACAAAGCGGUGAUGAGUGCCCUCGAAGUGAUCGGCUUCUCAAAAGUGGAGAUCAACUCAAUUUAUCAGAUCCUCGCCUCCAUUCUUCUGUUGGGUAAUGUGCAGUUUGAGAGUGACGGGGAGAGUGUUCAGAUCCUGGGACUCGACGCUUUGAACCACAUCUCUGAGCUGACGGCCACGGACCCGGAGAGCGUCAGCAAGAGCCUGCUGUACCGCACUGUGGCCACCGGGGGCGGCGAGGUCAUCGAGAAGGGCCACACGGAGCAGCAGGCCUGCUUUGGACGGGACGCUUUUGCCAAGGCUCUCUAUGAAAGACUUUUCGGCUGGAUUGUUGGCCGCAUCAACGGGGUCAUUGAAGUGAAAGACUAUAACCCAGUGCUUCAUGGGAAAAAUACAGUCAUCGGAGUGCUGGAUAUCUACGGCUUUGAAAUCUUUGAUAACAACAGUUUUGAACAGUUCUGCAUCAACUACUGCAACGAGAAGCUGCAGCAGCUUUUCAUUGAGCUGAUCCUCCGGCAGGAACAAGGCGAAUACCAAAGAGAGGGCAUCACCUGGCAACAUAUCGACUACUUCAACAACAAGAUCAUUGUUGAUCUCGUGGAGCAGCCACACAAGGGCAUCCUCUCCAUUUUGGACGAAGCGUGCCUCACCGUUGGCAACGUCACUGACACAGUCUGCCUGGACAGCAUGGACACCAAACUGGCCCAGCACCCCCACUACACAUCCCGCAAGCUCAGCCCCACUGACAAAACCAUGGACUUUCAGAAACACUUCCGCAUUCGUCACUAUGCCGGAGAUGUCACAUAUUCAGUUGAGGGCCUUUUGGACAAGAACAAGGACCUGCUUUUCCAAGAUUUCAAGCGUCUCAUGUACAACAGUGCCAACCCAGUCCUGAAGGAGAUGUGGCCAGAUGGUCAGCUGAGCAUCACAGAGGUCACCAAGCGACCUCUGACCGCCGCUACCCUCUUCAAGAACUCCAUCGUGGCCUUGGUGGACAAACUGGCCUGCAAGGAGCCGUACUACGUGCGAUGCAUAAAGCCCAACGAGAUGAAGUCGCCGGUGCUGUUUGACGACGCUCGCUGCCAGCACCAGGUGGCCUACCUUGGCCUGCUGGAGAAUGUGAUGGUCCGCAGGGCAGGCUUUGCCUACAGGCAGCCCUAUGCCCGCUUCCUGCAGCGGUAUAAAAUGACAUGCGAGUACACCUGGCCCAACCACCUGAUGGCCACAGACAGGGAGGCUGUGGAGGCCAUCGUCACCCAGCAUGGUUUCCAGGAUGACGUGGCGUACGGCCACACCAAGCUGUUUGUCCGAACGCCACGGUCCCUCUUCACCCUGGAACAGGAGAGAACCGCGCUCAUCCCCAUCCUGGUGCUCUUCCUGCAGAAGGUAUGGCGUGGGGCUUUAGCUCGUAAGAGGUGCCGCUGUAUGAGGGCCAUCUAUAACAUCAUGGGCUGUUAUAAGCGCUAUAAGGUCAAGUCGCACUUCUGGGAGGUGGAGCAGAGGUUCGCUAACGCGCGAACUAUGGCCGACUAUGGAAAGAGCGUAGAAUGGCCGACCCCACCUGCAGCCUUGUCCCAGUUUCACAACAUUACAGUCAUGCUGCAUCGCAGGUGGUGGGCGAGGCAGAUCGUGAAGAACAUCCCUCCGUCUGACAUGCUGGAGGUGCGGGCCAAAGUUGCGGCUCUGACCGCUCUGAGUGGAGAGAGGAAAGACUGGGGCGUCAGCAGAGCCUGGGAGAGGGACUACCUGGCCAACGUGCGAGACUGCCCUCUGACCAACUCUAGCUUCAUCCGUCUUUCCAAGGAGCUGAGGAACAAAGACAAAUACAGUCAGGUCCUCUUCUCAGGCUUCUGCAGGAAGGUGAAUAGAUUCAACAAAAGCACAGACCGCGGCCUGCUCGUCACAGACAAGUACGUCUACAAAUUGGAUCCGAAGAAACAUUACAAGGUUUUGAAGAGGCUUCCUUUAGACGCUUUUACGGGACUGAGCGUGACCAGCGGGUUCGACCAGAUGGUGGCGCUGCACACGUCCUCCCAGGAUGACGUCCUGGUUUGCCUGCAGCGAGGGGAGCUGUGCCCCAACCAGGACCGGGUGGGCGAGCUGGUGGGAGCGAUGGUCGACCACUUCACACGUAUAAGAAACGUCCAGUUUCCUGUGAAGGUUUGUCGUUCAGCCGUGCAGCUUCACAUGCGAGGAAAACCAAAGAGCGUCGCAGUGGAAACUAAACCUGGCCAGACUAACGCAGACUUCAAGAAGAGUCGAGACGGUUUCAUCCUGCUGGUCCCCGGCAACUGAGAGAGUUCAUCCAACCAAACCACAAACAGAUUGACCUCAUAGACCUGAAACCUUGAUACCACUGGAGUUUUGUGUUUGGGGACGUGUUUCCUCGACAGUGUCCUGUAUCCUUAUUAGAAUUGGUCAAAAUAUCAAUCAGGUUCAUGUAAACAACAAAGACAGGGAUGUAAAUCUGCGUCUGUCUCAGUUGACAGGCAGGACUUUUUCUUGAAAAGCAACAGUUUACUAGGAUUUUUUAAAAUCAUACUUUCGCAAAGAUUGUAAAGUAUUAACCCAGAGCCGAGUUGCUGGCAGAAUCUGCUUUCUUAAUCCUGAGCUGCAGGAGGACAAUGUUCACCGGACAAUGACGGAAGUGCUGAAUAGUUUUGGAGGCAAAAUUUGGGAAAUUAGGAGAUUUUUUAUGUUGGUGUAGAAACUCAGGACACAGCUGCAAUAUGUACAUGUAUGAUACUGUCUUUGAUGUCUUUUUUUAUGUUUUACUGUUACAUAAGAUAUUUGAAGUUAUUUUUUAAAGGACAAGAAUAAACAAAAAUGUAACAGAUGCACUUUUUCAAUGACAAAUUUUACAUCACAAUAUAUAAAUACGAUCAAGAACAAACCAUUCCAAAUAUAUUUUUGUAUUUUCAGUAGAAUUGUUGCAAAACCAAACCCUUCCUUGCGCGUUAUCUCAUGCUGCAGUCUCUAAAAAGCAGACUAUUAUUCAGUUAUUCCAUGUCAGAAGAAUUAAAAAGGAGAAAGAAAAACAAGACAGCGGAAGAAAAUAAAUUAUUCAAGAUUUACUUAGGCGAGUUCUCUGUGUGUUAAUUUCUCCCUAAUGCUUUGCCACAUUAACAGACAGCAGCCUGCAGUAUGGCUGUAGACUCCGAUCGAGCCUACAUAAGGCAGUGAUUAAAAUAUAUUACGUUAAAUGUGUUUGCCUUUCAGUUUUCUGUGUUGAUGUGUAGUCCGGUGAUUGAAAGGAUUUCCUGCACAUUUACAGUCAGUUUACAGUAACUGUUUUAAAUCUGGUGUUUAUACGGACAUUUCUCCACCCCUCAGGAAGUGGCAAACUCAAAGAUGUUCAAUCCAAACUGUCCUCUGAACAGCAGCAAUCGAGUGCGCUUUCCAGAGCAAACUGGACUCGGUCACGCGAGAGCUAUUUCCUCUCUCGUCCCCUUGGUGUCCUCUGGAUCAGAUCAGCUGGGUAGAUAAACACGGAUGCUACAGACAUAAUUUUGCGAGAUUUCCAAGAAAACCUCUCAAGUUCAAAACCCGUUGCUGUCAUUUGAAGCAGAUAAGGUGCAAAAAUGUUCAAUGCAGUUGCAGUCAAACAAUGUCAAAGGACUGUUAUGUGGUGUUGACAAGAUUGAAAAAUGAUAUAUUUAAGUCCACAGCCACGCAGUUUUAUACAACCCACCUCUGCAAGAGAAUAUGCUUUUCCCCAAAAGGGGACAUGUAAACAGUUCUAAGACAGGAGCUGAUAUUACAAAUAUGU